AUGGCCGAUCAAGAUGAGUUUCGCUGCUUUAUUGGGAAUCUAUCAUGGUCGACAUCAGACAGAGGUUUGAAGCAGGCAUUUGAAAAGUUUGGGCAUCUUGUGGAUGCAAAGGUUGUAGUCGACAAAUUUUCAGGCCGCUCACGUGGGUUCGGAUUCGUCUCCUUCGACGACGAGCGUGACAUGGAAGAAGCCAUCAAGGCAAUGAAUGGGAUGGAUCUUGAUGGCCGUUCCAUAACCGUCGAUCGGGCCCAGCCCAACCAGGGCUCGGGCAGGGACCGUGAUCGUGAUGGCGUAGAUAGAGACCACGAUCGUGACAGAGGUGGACGUGACCGUGACAGCAGGGGCAGCCGGAACCGAGACGGCGGUGGGGCCCGUGGAUCGGGUGGCGACUGUUACAAGUGUGGAAAGCCUGGGCAUUUUGCAAGGGAAUGCCCCUCGGGAGAAGGGUCGAGGGGUGGCGGCAGGUAUGGCGGGAGGGAUGACCGAUAUGGUAGCGGCGGCGGCAGCAGCCGCUACGGGCCGGAUCGUAAUGGAGAUAAGUAUGGUGGCGGCGGCGGUGGUGGGAGGAGCCGGGACUCGGGGAGUCGUGGUGGUUCGGGGAAUGAUAAGUAUAGUCGCGACCGGUCGGGCCCGUAUGAGCGCCCCUCGGGCGGCUUUCGUGAUUGA